GCGUUUAAAUGUACAAAACUAGAAUCGGCCCUGACGUGUCCGGGUCCCUGCAGGCUGCAAGCGGAGAAGUCGUCGGUCUCCCUCAUGCUUGCACAAAGAAGGUGGGACGCCACUGCGACGACGGCGCACCCGAUUGGACGUUUGCGGCUGCGUGCGUCCGCAUGGCAACGCGACCUGCGCGCCACAAAUAAGGCAGGAGGGGAGCUCUGCUGGCAAGUCGGGAUUGAUUGACGACACCUUCGCGGGCACAGGUCAGCACAUGGUACCGAUUCGACGAGACGUCACGUCUGUAGCGUGGAAAUGAAUGAAUGAAUGAAUGUGUUAUACUGUGCGUGCGUGUCUGAGUGAGGAGGGACUGGGCGGCGCCUGCCCGCCGCAAACGCACUGUACUAUUAAGACGUAGUGCACACCAUGUAUGUUGCGUGAAGACCCUUGACCAUUUUAUGAAGGCGUAUAUUGCUGCACUGAGUAACCCCUGGCAUGCCAGUAAAGAUGCACAUAAUGUACCUAAACGCGUCACUGAAUUGCAGAUGUUGGCGGUGAGAUAACGUCCAACCUAGUGUUGCAGCAAGCAGAACUUGAAAAGCAAAUGUACAAUAUUGAUGGUGUGAAACCCACCCAAAGCAACUGCAGCAAUAGGGAAUUCACCACAUGGGGUGCAUUGAUUGGUUAAUGAAUUGAUUACUGAACUGAUUAGUUGUCAAAAUGGCUGCUGUAAAACUGUUUGCUUCCAUGCUCUCUUUUAGACAUUAACUGGUCACAAAAUUAAGUACGUGUGACAUCUUAUGUCAUCCAAAAACAAGAACUAUUAUUUCAAACAAAAUUGCCUUGACAAAGAUGGUAAUGCUCAGAGAAAUAUUUGUUGACAUUGAGGACAUUUUUCAAUAUUUGUAUCAGUUUAUCAGUUUAUUUUUGAAAGGGGACAAUGCAAUUUCAUAAAACACAUGAAGUACACAUGGUUACAAAAGCCAGAAUUAGCCAGAAGGCUAGUUUUCAUCUGUAGUCCCCUGGCCAUGAUGUAAAAAAAGCAGUAAAAUACAUCUACAGGCUUUAUAUUAUACAUAACAGACAUAGGCAGUAUGUUUUUGACUAUACACUGUAGAGAUGUACAGUUUUGAUUCUGAUCCAAAUUAGAAAUGGUCAACCUUGGCUGUUGUGAGAGCUGGUUCCCACUCAUUUUGCAAAGGUGCUUGAAAUAUUACAAACACAACUGAGCAUAAUUUCUGUAUACAGAAUGAGUGUAAAUUUAAAUAUUUAGUGUUUUGUCUUGAGUCAAAAUAUUUGAAGACAAGCGGUGGGCUGUUGGAUAUCAUGUAGUGCAUUUUUACAAUUUCUGUACAAGUCAACACUGCAAUAAAUGUGAGUUCUCAUCUCUCGUCUCAAAAUAUAUCUCCAAAUGUGGCUGGAUUGAAGGGACCUUUAAACUGCCACUUGGAGCAGGUCACCAUGACAGCAGAGGAGAAAAUCAACAUCAAGGAGGCAGAAGUGGUCAAGCUGGUCCUCGACUUCCUCAGCUCCAGGAAGCUGCAUAUCAGCAUGUUGGCCUUGGAAAAGGAGAGCGGCAUCAUCAACGGCCUCUACUCCGAUGACAUGCUCUUCCUCAGGCAACUCAUACUGGAUGGUCAGUGGGAGGAGGUGAUGCAGUUCAUUCAGCCUUUAGAAGGGUUGGACAAGUUUGACAAGAAAAGGUUUCGCUAUAUCAUUCUGAAGCAGAAGUUUCUCGAGGCUCUUUGUGUAAAUAAUGCCAUGUCUGCAGCUGAAGACCCUCAAAAUCUGGAAUUGACCAUGCAAGAGGCUGUCAAGUGCCUGCACAAAUUGGAGGAGUCCUGCCCGUCUAAGGAGGACUACAGCAAACUGUGUCUUCUCCUCACGCUGCCUCGCCUCACCCACCACGCUGAGUUCAAGGACUGGAACCCGAGUACAGCGCGCGUCCACUGUUUCGAGGAGGCCUGCGUGAUGGUCGCCGAGUUCAUUCCAGCGGACAGGAAGCUGAGCGAGGCGGGCUUCAGAGCGAGUGGGAACCGCCUCUUUCAGCUGCUCAUCAAAGGGAUCCUUUACGAGUGCUGCGUCGAAUUCUGUCAGAGCAAAGCAACUGGAGAGGCGAUAACAGAGGGAGAGGUUUUGCUCGGCGUAGACUUGCUCUGCGGGAACGGUUGUGAUGAACUGGAUCUGUCGCUGCUGUCCUGGCUGCAGAACCUUUCUCCUGGUGCAUUUUCAUGCGCCUUCCAACAGAAGACCCUCAGUAUCCAUGUCGACCGGCUAAUGAAGCCCAGCAAGACCGGUCACGCUGACCUCCUCAUGCCUCUGAUCAAUCGCCUCUCCCCCCGCCCGGCCUCACCUUUCCGCCAGAGGCCUCACUCGGCCGACACGUACAUGUCCAGAUCCCUGAAUCCGGCUCUGGAUGGGCUGUCCCACGGCCUGGCUAUCCAGGACAAGAGAGGCAUGGAGGUCAACAUGAAAUCAGCUCUCAGUCGAAGCCUGGUGGAGAAUAAUUUUCACCAACUGGAUGAUUCCCCUGAGAAAAAGCACCCACGGUGUUUUGAAGGUCCCAAGACCACACGCACGCCUCUGACUCCUGGGAGAGAUGGUGGAACAGCAUGCACAGAAACAGUUGAGCGGCCUGACUCCACAGACCAAAUGCAGGAGUACUACAGGCAGCGUCUGCGUGUGCAGCAGCAUCUGGAGCAGAAGCAACAGCAGAGGCAGCUUUACCAGCAGAUGCUGCUUGAAGGGGGUGUGAAACCACUCGACGGAGCCCAAAACAACCUCACAGAGACCUUCCUCACUCGAUCCAUUCAGAAACUGGAGGAGAUGAAUGUUGGCAUUGACCACCACGGAGAUGAGGUUGGCCCACAUUUGGGCCAGCAGUGUAAUGGUGUGACAGAUGAGACCAGCACAUCCGACACCCAAGACCCAGGGGUAGUGCAAAGGGCGAAGCCUGGUGGUGUAAGCAGAAGCCCCUCAUUAGGACCUGGGAGCCAUUGCCUGCAACAUGUCAGUGAGUCCCCAGGUCCUGCAAGUGCUGAGAGGAUUGGCGGCUCAGUGCAAGAUGAUUCGAGCAGCCAUGUGACACGUUGCACAACACAGCAGCCAGGAAAGACCAAAACCCAGUUUGUUAAAGUGAACCAGCUUGAAGACACGCAGGCAGUACGAUCUGUGGCCUUCCAUCCCUCCGGAUCACUUUAUGCUGUUGGUUCCAACUCUAAAACUCUCAGAGUUUGCGCCUACCCUGACACCCUAACAACCAGCACUCCGGAUGCAGUCAAGCAGCCAGUGGUGCGCUUCAGAAGGAACAAACACCACAAAGGUUCCAUCUACUGUGUCGCCUGGAGUCACUGUGGACAGCUGUUGGCCACCGGCUCCAAUGACAAAUAUGUCAAAGUUCUGCCUUUCAAUGCUGACAGCUGCAAUGCGACAGGUCCUGACCUGGAGUUCAGCAUGCAUGAUGGGACCAUAAGGGACUUGGCCUUCAUGGAGGGUCCUGAGAGCGGAGGUUCCAUCCUGAUUAGUGCUGGAGCUGGAGACUGCAACAUCUACACCACUGACUGCCAGAGAGGACAGGGCCUCCAUGCCUUGAGUGGACACACUGGCCACAUUCUGACGCUAUACACAUGGGGAGGGUGGAUGAUCACGUCUGGUUCCCAGGACAAGACAGUUCGCUUCUGGGACCUGCGGGUUCCAAGUUGUGUGCGUGUGGUGGGUACAACCCUGCAUGGCUCAGGAAGUGCGGUAGUUUCGGUGGCAGUGGAUCCCAGCGGGCGCCUGCUCGCCACUGGCCAGGAGGACAGCACCUGCAUGCUGUAUGACAUCAGAGGAGGCCGCAUAGUCCAGACGUACCGCCCGCACGGCAGUGACAUUCGUUCAGUACGCUUCUCACCAGGAGCCCAUAACCUUCUGACUGGUUCCUAUGACAACAAAAUCAUCAUCAGUGACCUGCAAGGUGACCUAACAAAACCAGUCCCUCAGACGUUGGCAGGUGAACACUGGGACAAGGUGAUCCAGUGUCGAUGGCAUCCCAAAGAUCGAACCUUCCUCUCUUCCUCCGCUGAUCGGACUGUUGUCCUCUGGGCUCCCAACCCUUGAGAAAGUCGGAAGACUCACAACAAAAUCAGUAGCGAGCCUUCAAUGGAACAUCAAGUAUAUUCAAGUGUUGAAUCACAAACUUUUGCAUAUGUUCGUGUUUUUAUGUCAGUGCAUUAAGUUGUCAGCGCUGUUCCGUCAUACAAUAUCUUUGGGCUCUAUUUUCGUGACUGGCGUAAAUCUGCGUGGAGGGGUGUUAGACCAGGUUAUGGUCAUUUCGCAGACGAGCGCAAGCCGGCGUAUUUAAAAGAGGGAGGUGUGCGCCAUUGUGUGCGUGAACAAAGCCGAUUUCAAUCAUCUCCAAACAAAGCGGCUCCUCUCAUUCCCUUUAAAUGGGGUGCAUUUGAUAAGUCUGUAAUUGUAAUAAUGUGCUCAAUGAAUUGAUUUCUACGAUGAUUCAGAGGGUUUGGUGUCCACUAUUCACAUAUUUAUGAAUGGAAUACAUUUGACAUCUACAACACAUGUCUACGGAGUUCAGAAUCUGCCGGUAUGUGCCUACAAACCAAAUUCGCGUUAGACCAGCUGCUCCACGAUUAAGACGUGGUCUCAGCAAGCAUACGUUUAGACCGACUUUCUGCCACCAAAUUGUCAGUCCCUAGUGCGCAUGUCAAAGGUCACACCCUCACUGCGCCUGAAUGCUCAUCUUGGCGUAGACUAGUCUGCCAGCUUGGCAAACGCACAGCUAGCCUUGCAGUGGCAUGGAACUCAAGUUACAACAUUUGCGCUCUUCUGCAGACGUACCGUUGACGAAAAUAGAACCCUUUAUGGACAGAUAUAUGACAGGUGUAGAAAACUGGAUUCAUAGUGCUUUAUGCUUGUCAAAUCACGCAGUCAUCAAUGUCUAAAGAUAGUUUUUAUGGUGGAGAAAAGAUGAGAAAGUGGCAAAUAGAUCUGCAACAUGAAGUUGUUGUACCAUAAAAUGACAGCUUUAUGAUGUAUGUUGAUAGUACACUGGUUUGAAAUGCAGAAUACAGUUCAGAGUUCCUGUAUGUACAGCGCUUGUACAAAUUAAAAUAAUCAGUCCAUUAAUAUUUUAACCAGCACUUUAAAUCUAGACACUGUAUUUGAGGAUAGCUUGGUGAAUAUAGUUUUGCUAGAAGAACCCUAAAUUAUAAAUGUGGGACAAAAAUUAUUGGUAAAAAAAACCAAAAAAUUGCGAAAGAGUUUAAAUUAUUUUAUUUUAUUUUUAAAACACGAAGUCUUUGUCCAAUACUUGUUGGCCUAUUGUCAAAAUACAAAGGGUUUAUAAUAAUGCACUUGAAAGCUAUGGAGAGGAAUUUAUUACAUAAUGUGCCUUUUUAAAGCAUUAGAGAGAGAUUUUUGGGUUGGUGUAGUAAGUGAACCAUUUAUCUAUGCAGGGUUAUCUAUUUUUUACCAUUUACUGUACAGACUUGGACAAGUGUACGUUUUUUUUGUUGUAUCACUCACUGCACAUUUUAUAUUGUAUGUUGUGUUAGUACUGGAAAUAUGAACUGAAUGAAUAGUAAGUAAUAUUGUACAACAGAAACAGACGCUAUAACAAUUUACAUGUUGAACACAUCAAUGUCUCUGAUGUGUUUGGUUGUACACAACUAGAAUUCAUAAAUUGCACCAUUAGAAUAGUUUGAUGUGUACUAGGGGGUUUGAACUUUCUGACAAAUUUCCCACAGCACUUUUAGAAAAAGAAUAGCACAACAACUUCUCUCUUUUUUUAUAAGGUGAAGUUACAGUAUGUUGAAUUAAGAAAUAUUGUGAUGAGCGUUUCAUCACUUAUCAACUGCUCUGGACCUUUUGAAGUAAAUAUGUGACGUGAGAUCUGAAUAAUCUUCAAAUAAGUCUCUUCAAAAGAAUGGUCACCAGACAUUCUCUGACAACUAAAUAUAUCUAUCCAUCUAUGUAUUUCCUACCACUUACCCUGUUCCUGGUCACAGGUAAGCUCGGGCCCAGCUGGUACAUGGGCAAGAGAUGGCGUCACUCUUUACUCAUGCACUUUAAAUGCAGAGGUUGUGCACAUAACAGUAUAACAAUAGUUGUUCAACUUACUACUAUGCAGAACGUUUUUGGUGUGACUGACAGAAGGUAUAUCAAAAUGUUUGUCAAUUGUACUAAACUCACUUACUUGGCUUGCUCAGUGCCUCAGUUUAAUAUUACAACCUCACCUUACCUUACACCAUAAUUAUUUUGUAUUGUAUAUGUUGAAGUACCGUAUGUUUAAUCACCUUGUGUUGUUGUACAUAUUGUUUAUUCCACAUGUCUCAUCAUUGUGAUGUUGCCUCUGUGGGUCACAGUGGGAUCUUUUAUUGUUCUGACUUACCUGCCAAAGGGCCAUUAGAGUUCAAUAGAUUGAAAUAAAACAUGCCACUGGUGAUAAAUAAAAUGGGUGUUAAAACAA